GUUCUACCAGUGAAUAUUCUCAAGACUCCAAGGCUAGGCACCAUGACCCGGUCAAGCCAAUCCAAGAGGUAGUUUGUUUUGGCGAGCUUUCUGGCAUACCCGCAAGACUUGACCGAAAUUUACCUUGGGGCAAUGUCACGCCAUCCUCGUACCUUCGAGUCAGUCUCGAUUCAUCAUUCCGAUUUUCUGGAAAGGCUGGUGCCCAGGAUUUUUCCGGGACAAUUGUUCAAGGCACUACCAAGAACAACACCGGCGACUGGACAGUGUUCACGGAUGCUUUGCUCGAGGAAUCCGGCAUUGAGCUUAGUGUGAUCUGUUCCAAAGACCCAUAUCACCCCUCUUCAGCUGCGCACCACAAGGCUUUUAAGCAAUUCGAGAAAGCACUCGACUGCACACUGUCCAUCACUAUUUAUGGUCCUCUUGAUUUGUUUGAGGAGAUUGGGAGCUUCUUCCAAGAGCACAACGUCUAUUUGCAGGAUCCACUGCACUGUGAUAGACUUGUCCGCUACUGCAAUCCCCAUCGACUCUCAUCAGCAGACCUGGAAAAAUGCAUUUGGACAUCAGAUCUGGGAAAACCAAUGACGCAACUAGUUGAGCUCACUAAUACUGUACCAACCCCGGAGCUCUUGGACGCCAUAACAUCUGCCCAAGACCUUCCGGAAGCAGACCAACCUCGAGCAAUUCGAACAAAAUUGGCAAGGCAUCAGAAACAGGCUUUAACAUUCAUGCAAAGAAGAGAAGAGGGAUGGGCAUUCAACGGCAAGCAUCCAGAUGUCUGGGAGUAUGUGGAGCAUCGAGUCGGAGAUGGAAGCUUCGUGAAUCGAAUAUCCGAUUCGCAUCAAAAAGAACAGCCAGAGAACUUCCAGGGCGGUAUUAUUGCUGAUCCGAUGGGUCUGGGAAAAACGCUAACAAUGAUUGCUCUGACGGCGAGUGAUUUGAUGUGGGUAUCGCUUGCUCGCCGAGGGAACAACGAAUUCGCGUCGGUCGGCCAGACACUGGUCAUUGUUCCACCACCACUGUUAGGUACAUGGGAAGAGCAGUUGACAGAGCACGUUGAACCCGGAGCUUUCUCAUGGUGCCGACAUCACGGAAACGACAGGCUUAUCACAACGAACGACGCUCAUCAACCCACCAUUAUCCUUACAACAUAUCAUACCGUUUCAGCCGAGUGGAGGAAUGCGGGUGAAUCUGCUCGUUCUGGCAUCUUCUCCAGGCGUUGGCGAAGAAUCAUCUUGGACGAAGCUCAUAUCAUCCGAAACCACAAUUCUCAAAUGGCACAUGCUAUUUGUUCACUCGAUGGGGAUUCUCGUUGGGCUGUCACGGGAACGCCCAUCCAGAACAAGCUCUCUGAUCUAGCGACUUUGCUAAAGUUCUUGAGGAUUUAUCCAUACAGCGACAAGAGGUGCUUUGACGCUGAUUUCACGAAUCUUUGGAAGAACGGGCAAGCCAAUGAGGCACUAAAGCGCCUGAAGCGCUUAGCGGGUUGCUUGAUUUUGAGGCGACCUAGCACCACCAUCCAGCUCCCGGAAAGGCGCGAUCUUCUGUGCCCGGUGGAAUUUUACCCGGCUGAGCGAGAGCUGUAUCAAGACAUCCGCACCAGAACCAUUGAGCGCCUCGAUGAGUUCUUGUACGCAAACAAUGCUGACACCGUACGACUGCCCUCGUAUGUCAAUGUUCUCCAGCAGAUUGAGGGGAUGCGAAUGGUAUGCAAUCUUGGAUUAUACUACCGCUCACGCCACGACUUCACAGCCCAAGAUCCAUCCGCCGAUACCACGUGGAAUAAUGCGAUGGCCCAACGAGCACUCGACCUUCAGCUGGAAAUGAACCCCGUGCGUUGUAAGGAUUGCAAAGCGUCACUUGAUGUGGCCUUCAGUCUUCUAGGCGAUACUCCAGAGGUACAGGGAUUGCAACAGGCGCUCUUGUCGCAAUGUAUGAAGUUUGUGUGUCCGGAAUGUGUUUUCAGACGUGGAGGCGCACCGCCCGUUUGCGAUCACACUCCAGUAUGCCCGUUCGCCCCAGUGUCCAUCAGUGCCAUCACUGCCAAGGAAGCGCCGGAGCCUGCCGCUAUCGAAUUCGAAGGAAGAGACUUGAUGUCACCGCAUGAGAUGCCCUCAAAGAUCAAGUCGCUGAUUUUGCAGCUCAAAAACCUAGCCUGCGACACCAAAAGUGUCGUAUUCUCAACCUGGAGGACCACUCUCGAUGUUAUCGAAGCCGGACUCAAGACGGAAGAUAUACCAUGUCUCCGCUUCGACGGCAAAAUUCCUCAAAAAGAGCGACCAAAUGUCAUCAACAGGUUCCGACAUGAUCCAACCUGCAGGGUCCUGCUGCUGACACUUUCUUGCGGAGCCGUUGGACUUACACUAACUGUCGCCUCGUAUGCCUUCCUCAUGGAACCACACUGGAAUCCAACUCUUGAAGAUCAAGCCUUGGCGCGAAUUCACAGAAUGGGUCAAACACGGGAAGUCACCACUGCUCGGUUCUUCAUCAGGGACUCGUUCGAGGAGAGGGUAAUGGAAGUGCAAGAAAAGAAAAGGAAACUGGUCACGGUACUGCUAGCACCUCAUGGCCAAGGCGAAGGGGAGGAGGAGGAUGUGGGAUCUCUUCAGUUUAGCAUCUGAGAUCUCUGCUUUGAUCAUUUCAGUUCAAGAAGAAGAUAGAAAAGGGUGGAAAGGGGGUAAUCAAGGUAUCAUGAAACAAGGUAGGAAAAAGAAAGGAAUCCAGUUUCGACAAGAA